AUGGUCAGCAGGUUGAAUAAGUUUGUUGCACUGACACCUUGGAGAGUGUAUCAUCUGACUUCUCUCAUAAUACUUGGACUGCUCGUUCUUCAGAUAAUAAAGGAUUUGGUAUUACCUAGGAUAAAAGGUGCGCAGCUUUGGAGGAGCUUCACUGACAACUGGAAAGUCAUCAAUUCUAGACAUGACUACAGACCCAGAAUAAAUCAGUGCAUUUCAGAAACACUGAUGAAUUUAUUUGUAUUUCUUCAAGAAAUGUCACACUUCAAGGAACAAAACCCUGGCAAGUUUUGCCUAUUAGUCUGCAGUGUAUGUACAUUUUUCACUGUUUUGGGGAGUUACAUUCCUGGAGUUGUCCUUUCCUAUGUUCUGCUGUUGUGUGCCUUUUUAUGUCCCUUCUUCAAGUGCAAUGAAUUUGGACAGAAAGUGUGCAACAAAAUUAAGUCUGUUCUGAUGAAAAUAGAUUUUGGAAUAGUGGAGUAUAUCAACCAGAAGAAAAAAGAGAGAUCUGAAAGAGCAAAAGCAAAACCCACAGAAGACGACAGUGAAUUAGACAUAUCAGCCCUGUGUCCUAAGGUUAGUCCUGCAGUUGUUGCCAAAGAGCUGUCAGUGUCUGAUACAGAUGUAUCAGAAGUAUCUUGGACUGAUAAUGGGACCUUUAACUUAUCCGAGGGGUAUUCUCCACAGACAGACACCUCUGAUGAUUUUGACCGACCUAGCGAUCAUGAAGAAGCUUUCGCUAGAGAUCUUGCAGAAUUUCCUUCUUUAGAAAAUGGUGCAGGAACAAAUGAUGACGAUGACUCAAGCAUUGGUAUGCCUAUCCAGCAAAAAAGAAAGAACGAACAAACGUGUUUGAAGAUGGAUCGCUCUUCCAGGCAGAGUCAAGAGAGACCAUCCACUGCAGGACUCUCCUUGCCCUUGACCAGUGACCAAACCUUUAAUUUAGUGAGUGGAAUUGCUGGGGAUGUCAUUGCAGCUGCGGUGUCUGCUGCCAUCAAAGACCAGUUGCAGUCUGCACAGCAAGCACCCUCACAUGCAGCGCCCAGUUUGAGUGAGGAGACAGACACAGAAGAAGCUGAUGAUUUCGAACUGCUUGACCAGUCUGAGCUUGAGCAGAUUGAGAGAGAACUGGGACUUUCACAAGGCCAAGAAGCAGAAUCCCAGGAGAAAAAGAAAUCUUCAGGCUUCCUUUCAAAUCUGCUUGGAAACCAUUAACCUGGAAAUUGGAGCUAGUAGAAGAAAUGAAACAUAAAACACACACACAAAAAUCAAAUGCAAAAAAAAAAAAAGGAAAAUUCUGAGCUGUAAGCUUUAACUAUCACUUUAGAUGUGUUGUAAUAAUUUUCCUUAUACAGAGUGAAUUAACUGGAUAAAUAUCAGCUGAUACUGAUAGUUUAAUGUUUUUGGUAGUUUAUACCUCAGUGUAAUAGCAUGGAAAUGAAUUAUCUAUCCACUGCAGUUGAGUGUUGGAGGUCAGUUGUUCAAAAAAGUUUGGGGGGAUCUUUUAAUCUUUUUGCCAAAUAUGUAUUUUUGGGUCCUACACCAAAUUUCCAGCAUUUGCAGUUUAUUUAAUUCUUGCUGUCAACCAUGUAAUACAAUUAAUGAUUCACAUGCUAAGGGUAAGUUAUCAGAGGAUUGCAAUGAGAUUAAUUAAAUUUUGCCUCCUUCAAUCAUACUGAAAAGUUUCAGUCCCUGCAGUUAUCAUUAUGUAUGGUGUAUCUAAUAUUCAUGAAACACAUUAACCAGCAGAACUCUCAGUAAAAGAUGUGUGCAAUGCUAUGAAAAAACUUGAUUUUAUAUUUAAAAUCUUUUUUUUGGAUAUGGUGAUGCAUUUCCAAGUUUUUUGCUGUUCUAGGCUUGUAGUGUUACUAAGUGGCAUGUUAUUUGACUGACAACCUGCUGUGUUCCCUGAUAGAGUCUGAUCAUUGGCAGCAUCACCCAUGUAAAGUCAGCCAAUAUAUUUUCACAUUUAAGACUGUUAAUAUCAUGCAAACUGAACAACAUUUGGGAGGGGGGCAGAUGGGAGUACUUAUUGUUUGGAGUAGGGAAGCUAUGAAAGCUGGAGGUAAAAAGAAAGGCUUUUUUAGCUGCCACUUCCUUAAUUCAAGAUUUUUUUUUCCCCCCUGAGACAGCUGCCAUCACUUGCAACUAAAGUUGUUUUGCAAGCUGUAUCCUUUAAGAUAUUCUUUAAGUAUUCAGUGAGGUCAUUUGCUAUAGAAGACACUCAGAAUCUUCUUGGUGUGUAAUUUACAACAAAGAAAAAUGGAACUUGUUUAAAUUAUUAGCCAUUUUCAACUCCACACCUGCUCAGUGACUGGCAUGGGAUCUUAAGCAGGUAAUUUAUUUAACUUUUUCUAGUGUUUUUUGUUCACCUUUAACAAAAUUGAAAUGUAAAACCAAGCAAUAGUAAUCAAAGAAAUAGGAAGAAGUAAAGUUAGUUUUACUAAUGUGAUGUAAACUGUUAGCAAAGUUGAGGGACCAUGUCAGCUGCUACUACUACUGAAGUGAUUUUCCGUUUGCUGGCAUUUUAAGAGGUGAAUAUUGUCAUCUAGGACCCUCAGAAAGUACAGCCCAGUUUAUAAAAAAUCUUCCACUAACAUAUAUGUGUAGGUAAACCUGUGUUUGAAUUAAGUCCAUUUUAAUUUAUUUUGCUUUCUGAGGUGAAAAAAAUAGGCAGAUGGCCAACAAAAUUGUAGCUAAAGCAAAGAUAAUGAGAAUUUUUUGACAGUAGCUUUAUUGUUGCUUGUGCUUUUGUGUCAGUAAUGCAUAUUGACUGUGUUUGCUGUCCUUUAUCAGUAAAAAGGUGAGCCUGUGCCUUCAUUAUCAAAUCAAUUAUGAAAUAAGUGGAAGCCGGAUGGAUACAGAGCCCACAAGAUGCAGCUUUUGAAAUUAUAUCAUCAUAAUAUUAAAUACAAGUUUCUGGAAAUGAUUAAAAAAUAUGGCCACAUCACUUUCAUUCACAGUGUUAGUUAUUAAGUUUUUAAGUUUCCUUUUUAACUUUCCCCAUCUGUCCUUCCCGUUUGAAAAAUUAAAUAAAAGAAGCUUUCGCGGGGAAAUCAGUGAGUUCAAAAGCCAUUUAAAUUUCUGGGAUGAGUUACAAACACUGUUUCCUUGCUGCGCGUUUAGAACAAUCUCGACAGUUAGAAGAGUACGAUUUAUAAGCUGUUGAUGAAACUUCAUAAAAUACCUAAACAAAGUGUUUCCUGUACAAGCGUACUGGUACAAGAAGAUUAAACAGGCUACAGGACAGGAAGAACUUGGGAAGGGAGCAGUCCUUAACAAGAUUUUUAUCAAGUGGAUUGACGAGGCAUACUAGCUUGCUGUCAGUGGUGGCAUUGGGACAGCCCGCACUUUAUUGUUGUUUUAUGAAGAACACUUGUGGUUACAAAAGGAUAUAACACAGGGGCACUCUUCUAGAAUAAUAAUUUACUUCAAGAAGGAAAAGCAGUUGGAGGAGUUUCUCGGACUUUUUGUAAAUGAUCCAUUUUCUGGUUUCAGCAUAGAAAAGUAGAUUAAUUUUUUUUUUCCUCCAGUAUGACUCUUAAAUUAUUUACAGGAAGUAAAACAAAGCAAAACUUUAACAAGCAAAUCAUUUACAUUUAGGGGUGUAAUUGCUUACUUGAGUGUCUUUUAGAAUUUUAUCUUCCUGUUCUCAUAGUAGUUAAUUAUAUAAUAUUUAAGCCCCUAGAUACUGUGUAACAGGAAGGAGGUAAUUUUCUAACAUUUAAAAUACCUCCUAAAAUAGCAGAAAGGUGCUUAGUUGUCUACCAAAAAUCACCUCUUCCCUCCCAAACAACCGCACAUCGGCAACACUUUGCUCAGAUAUAAUACAUUCCAUGACCAAUAGUUUCCUAGUUGAACACAAAGAAAAAGUUUCUCUCCUUUGUAAGAUCCCUUCCACACUGUGUUUGGUUGGAAAUCACUUGAGGAACCUUAAUUUUGCUGUAUUCUAACAGCAGCCACAAAAUAGCGGUUACGUAUGUAUUCCUGCUACGUAAUCCGCCAGCGGUCCACAACUUCUUUCCUACCAAGCGUUCUUGUGACCUUCCCAUCUUCCAAAACUAAAUGAAAGGGCAGGAAAAAAGGCAAACGAGUAUGAGGUAGUGCAUAGCUUUAAAGUGUCUGUUUGUUACUUAGGGUAUGGCUAUGUGAGCAAGUUACCAAGAGGUAAUAAGGGAUAUAAUCUUGCAGUGGGAUCAGUAGGCUGCAGUGUCCACAUGCGUGCAUGCUCUUAUCUUGCGGUAAAUUCAAGAUACCAUAUAUACAGAUAUAUAUAUUUUUUAAUAGUAUGCUUAACAUUCACCUUCCCUUGCCUCACAAUGGCUUCUCCCUGUACCCAUUGCCCCCUAAAACUACGUUAGCCCAGGAUCUAGAGCAUGUAGCUCAGCCCUUUGUACUCAGAAAAUUUCCCCUUGCAUGAUUAUACCCGUAGACUGAGUAAUGAUAGUUUAAUUAGUGGCCUUAAUUGUGUUAAAUCUGGAAUAAAAGCACCUGCUUUCAACACUGAGCACUUUUUCAGAUGUAUAUACUAUAUAUACAUUUACUUGCAGUCCUUCAGUUUGUUCUGGAACAAAAUUAUUCAACACGGCAGAAGAGGAGGGGAAAAAUGUUUUAACUCCAAGUAAGAGGAUUUCAAGCUAUCAAAAAAAUACUUGUUUUACUUGCUUUUUGUUCAUUUGCACUUUUUCCAGACUGUUUUAUCCAAGUGUUCUGAACAAAUUCACUGUGGUCUAAAUGUUUGUUCUUAGUUAAAAAACCAAUGUGACAGUCUGUAGGUAACAUCUAUCCAGGUAACCAGAAACUGGAAAAUUACAAAAUGUCUUUAUUUAAAAUAUUUUGCAGCACUUUACCUAACCUGAUUACUAUUUUAUAAACAUGGAAUUAUUAUAUUGAUUGUUUGUAAAACCAUUUAAUAAAAUGUUAUACAAUUAUAUCUAAUUGUAUAUUUGUUCUCAAAAGAGGAGGAGGAAAAAAAAAAGCAAAACAAAAAUACUUCAGUCAAGUUUUUGCCGCUCCUUUUGUUUAUUCCUUUUCCUAAUCUGAUGUGAACCACUGUUUAAUAGUGUGUCGGGUCAUACUGAAUAAACACGAAUCUUAGCUCUCG